CUGUCUCCCGCUCAUGUUAGAUCCUGUCUGCUUCGGCGGUGCUUGAAACCCCACCUCCUCUGCCUCUCUCCUUCUCUAUCUGUCUUUCCCUCUCUCUCUUUCCCCCUUUCUUUCUCUCCCCUCCCCGUUGCAGGCGGUGUGGAAUCCUGGCUGUGUUUAAUUGGCGAGUGGCAGGCAGGCUUGAGAGAGAGAAGGAGAGAGAGAGAGAGAGGCACUAAGAGAGAGAGAAAGCAGGAGUAUGAGAGAUCUGAGGGAGCGAUCGGGACUCACAUGGAGAGGCAACAUCUUUACGAGCCGUAACUCUUGACUUUCUGAGACAGCGAGAGAGAGAGAGAGAGAGAGAGAGAGAGAGAGAGAGACUGUGAGACGAAGGAAGAGAAAAAGAAAAUGGGCUAGAGUUUGGGAGGGGGUGACUUGACUGCAAAAGCAAGGAGUAAGGGUAGAUAAAAAGAGAACGGGAUAGAGGGAGAGAGUGUGUGUGAGAGGGGGAGAGAAAGAGAGAGAGAGGAAACAAGGGAAUGAGAGACAGUAGUGCAGCAUAGUGAGGGAUAGGAACAGGAAAGUCUGAAGCCUGCAAAAGAGUGAGAGAAUAAGGAGGGGGUGGUGAGAGAAAGAGGGAGGGAGAAAGGGAAGAGAGAGAGGCCCACCGCUGGAGAGAGGGCAACGGGCUGGCUGCAUACGGGAAGUAAGAGAAGUUGAGGAAAGGGGGAGAGAGAAAGAGAGAAAGGAGGGAAAACAAGGAAAGGUUAGAAAAAGAACCAGGAGGAAGGAAGGGGGAGGUGAGGCUUGAGCAAGAUUCAGAGAGAGAAAAAAGUGGAAAGGGCAAAAGAGAGAAACAAACUGAAAAGAUAGAGAGAAACAGCAUGUGAGAGAGGGAAUGAGAGAGAGAGUAAAAAAGGGAGUAGUGAGAGAAAGAGAAACUACGCAGAUGAGAAAAACAGCCUUGGUGAAUGGCCUGGGUGGAGAGAGAGAGGGGAGGAAACCAGUUGUUUUGUAAGUCAUUGGCCUGGGCGGCUUCUGGACUCCUGCUGGUAUGCAGUCAGAGAAGGCGGCAACGGGACGGCCUGUCCUCCAUCCAGCCCAGGACUACUGCCACCUUUGCUUGCUCCGGGGACCAGCACUACCCUAUGGGCAGGAGCACAUGGAUGGACCAUGCCUGUCUCCAGUGGACAGUGUAAACCCAGUCUUGUGGAGGGGGGAUUUGCCUGUUCCCUUUCUUUCAGAGGUAGGAAUGGCUGAGGAUAGCAUGGGGUACCCAGACCAUUGUGUACCCCAGAGAAGGCACAUCUACCUGGGACCAAGCCACUACCCUGUACCUGAGAGUUGUAGCCCUCCUUGCUACUUGUGGAGGGAGGUAAGGGCUUGUAGAUGGGACUGGCCCCCAGACCCCCGGCUGGUCCCUUGUGCAUGUGUCUGGGAAAGACACAGGGACUACAGGUGCACAAGGCAACGGUACCAUCCUGAGAUGCCACCACACAUCUUCAAUGGCAGCCCCAUUCCACAGCUCCCACCAGCUAAGGUCAGAGGUCAGCGAUAUUACAGAGAAGCCCGGUAUGUGUCAGAGGAGCAUUAUUGGGAUUGUGUAAGUGAGAGCUACCACAGGGAUGCACAUUCACAGGGACCUGACUGGGACAAUCUUGACACCUCUGGAUACAAUGGGCAUUGUGAAAAAAGACAUGUCAGGUUUGAGGGUCAUGAUGAUGGGAACAGAUGCAACAGCGCAGAUAUUAGUGGACCAAGCAGUCCUGCCAAAACACAUUGUAAUGGAUCCCUGGCCUUCUUUUCCACAGAGGUACCACAGAGCAAGUUCUGGAGGUCCAGGACAUCAGGUCCCAGGCUACCAGUGAGCAAAGCCCAGAGAGGAGAAACCAAGCAGGAUCAAGCAGGAAGGACAGAGGACUGUAGAAGUCAGGAUAACCAGAGGAAAAACCAAGGAACAGUGCGGGAACAGAUCAAACAGGUGGUCACAGAGUUGGAAGAUGUGCUUGGUGGGCUGAAACAGGUUCAAUUGGAGAUGAAAGAGGUGGUCCAACAAAUUGACAUUCUGACCUCAAACAUCGACCUUGGUCAGGAAGAGCAAGGUCCAUGCAAUAGACCGCCACAGGAUCCCAGGCACCAAGGCAACCGUUUUGGAGUUGUGGCGCUUGUCCAUAACUCAAAUGGAGAUAUGGAAUUAACACAAAGAGACAGUGCUCGGCCAGGUAUCAGAUCGCGAACUAUCCAUUCCCUGUCAGACCACAGCAUAGCUGCAGUGGCUGCCUCUUGUGACAACAGCCACACAACCACAAAGAACUAUACAAACCCGUCCUCUCCUGUCCACAGUCCUGUUGCUGUUGAGUCUGCAGGCAGCAGGGAAAUGAAUCAUGCUUCUGCAACAGAAACACAGAGGACUAAGAGCACUGCCAAUGGAGACUGCCUGCGAGCCAGACCUCCCAGAGUCAAAGUGAAAGAUCUCCAGCAUCAAAGAAGCAGAGUGGAUCAUAUGGCCAUCUCAAAAAAUCCCGAACCCUGUUUUCCUCUGACAACCUUUGGCUUGCCUAAGACCCAAAAACCCCCACCAUAUCCCCAGAAUGGACAUGCCAAAAUACCCCCUCAAGAUUCAAGCCAUGCUUCAAAUGCCCUGAAGAUACCCCCUUACUCUGGAAAACAUAAGCAGUUAACUUCCACCAUGGUGUAAAGGGGGUAAGAGGGGAGUCUCGCUGCCUCAGAGCUGUCUGCAGUCAUGAGGACAACACACACCCACACAUACAUGUAAACAACCUAAAUAGGACCCCCCCCAUUCCAAGCUUCUACAUGGUUAGGUAACUCAGGGGAUGGAUGCCACAAAGUGGAACUGCUUCUAACAGCAAGGCAAUGACGUCUUACUGGAAGAGGAAGCAUUUCCAAGCUCCAGAAACAGCUCCAUUUUCUUCUCUCUCUCUCUCUCUCUCUCUCUCUUUCUCUUUCUCUUUUUCUCCCCCUCUCUGUCUCUCUUCACUCAAGCCUGACUGCACUGUGUCCACCAACAGAACAAAGCUGCCCUUUCUAGGCACACAUGGGACCUAUCUGUGACCCAGUCUCUGAGUUUUUACCCUUUCAAGGUAAAGCGCCACAGAGGAAUAAGCUGCUCCCUGAGCGGACAAAAAAGUCCAGAUUCAGUCCUGGCACCCAAAUAUUAUGCAACACAUUUUGAUGACUACGAGAGGACUGUUGCAAUGACCAAAGAAAAUAAAAAAAAGUGAUUUUAACAUUCCUUAUCAUUGAUGAAAUGAACAGUGGCUGAUAAGUGUUAAAGCUAAACAUCUUGACCCUGAGGGUCUGGCGAGUAAACAAUCAUUGUAAAAAGCUGAAGCCAGUAACCGUCUCAAAAGGCGCUUCACAGCACCUCAUAUGAGAAGAUUAUAUAUUCAACCUGCGUGUUCUGUGGUCCAGUAUAAGCAUGGUUCUUUUCCCUGGGCCAGACUGCAGUGCGUUGUUCAUAAACGUUGCACACUAUACUGGAUUUAUUUAAACAGUAUUUAUAGCCAAUAUAAGCCAUUUGUAAAGCCUGUUGCGUUUAAGUAGUAGCAUUGACGUUUUGUGGCCAGAAGAGGGCACUUUAGGAUACUGAAAGAUGCAAAAGACUUUAAUGACUCAAGAAUGUCUUAUGAAGCUCACCAGAAAUAAAAAAUGGAAACAUUUUAAAGCA